UCGAGCUUAUAAGCCAGUCCAUUUCGGCCGGGUCCGCUAGUUUCACUUUCGACGUCCAACGGCUUCGAACCGGGAGCUAACCCAACAAUUUCGGAGGGAUGGAAGCAAUCAAUAUGAGGAUCUGUGUCCUGGCGGCCUGUCUCCUAAUGGCGUCGCAGGCCACCGGCUACACGAUGACUGACCUGUGCAAACAGUGGUCGGGCAAUGGAUUCAUCGGCAAUCCGAGCAGCUGCCGUGCCUGGGGAUACUGCAAGAACCAGGAGGUUGUGUCCUGGGGCACCUGUGCCGGCGACUUGGUGUUCAACGCGCAGACCGGCAGCUGUGCUUCCCCUAAUACCACGGCGUGCUCCACCAGUGCCGUGAAGACAUGCGCCACCGUCAAGUCUCCCAUGUAUGUGGCCAAUCCGUUGAACUGCACCGAAUACGGCUACUGCGAUGGCACGGGACAAAUCUCCUAUGGCGAUUGCGGUACCGGCGGCGUCUUCUCGGCGUCCAGCAGAUCCUGUGUUUGGGGACCUGCCUGCCCGCAGGACAGUAUCUGUCGGUUCAUGUUGUCCAACAUCUAUGUAGGCGAUCCGAACCAGUGCGGCAACUACAUCAACUGCAUCGACGGCUAUGGCACGUCCGCAAAAUGUUCCAGCAGCUCCAAUCCCUACUAUAAUAGGGUCACUGGCCUGUGCCAGUCGACGAAUCCGUGCACCGGCGAAGACUCAAACAGUGGAAACUCUGGCCAGUUCACUGUUGGCCAAACAAGUACAACUGCUUGUGCCACAACAGCUUUUAAUGCCGCACCCAAAAUUACUGUAGAUGGGAAGAGUGUUACCUACAAGUACGUUUCAGAUGGUGCAACCUGCUAUGGGUACUACUACUGUGCAGCAGGAGGCGCCACUGGCUAUUGGAACCAAUGUCCCACUGGUACCCAAUUUAAUGCUGAUGCCGGCAAGUGCGUUUCACCAGCCUCCUUUGUCUGUACCCAGAACCGAUGUGGGAACGUUAACAAUCCAUUCAUGGCAGUUAAGGGUUGCACGAGCUACACAAUCUGUUCCAGCGGACUGACCGGAAAUUGUCCCACCGCUUCACCGUUCUACGACGAGGUGAACAAUAUCUGCACCACCACAAAACCCGAUUACGCCAUUUGUGAGUAGACGGCUAGUGCACGAGCAUCUCCUCCAGCCAUGUCUGUUUGCCGAGAUACCCUUUAUGAAAUACACAAAUAAAUCCCAAUGCUGAAAGCAUUCAAAAGAAACUAAUAAAAAUGUUGACUUCGACCAAU